AUGUCUGGGGAAAACAGUUUACGCCCUUAUUAUAACCACGAUACUUUUGAUGCUGGGUAUCUGGUAAUCUUUAAACCCGGCAUUGGUCUCGUGGACACUGCCACGAACAAACCGAUUGUUGCGUACUUGGGCAAUAAUGUAUCAAAAUCCAGCAACUUUGGCGCCGGAAGCAUAGGUUUGCUGGGCAUAGGGAAGGUGCUGUCUCUGGAUGUCUCGGUAUUACUGACAGACAAAAAUUACGUGUACGACUUGGAGCUUCUGGAAUACUUUGACGUGAACAACUUUCUGGAACUUUUCAAGAACUUGGUAUGGAACUUCAUGCGAAACUAUUGCAAGGUAUUGAUUUCGCAACCUUUAGAGAUAGCACGGCUUGUCCUUCAGGUAGGGUUCUUCGAUUUCCGUGACGGGUCUGCUUCCAGCAGUGCUUCCAAACGCUCAAGACUUAAACUUGAAUCGAACAGCACUGCUGACCAUGAUAUUGCGGCAAGCUCCUCCGACGAGGCGGAUGAAGCUAUCGACUACUUUCAACUGCCUUGGGAGUCAUCUAGUGGUGUUACGGUUCCACAGAAGACCAAUAAUGAGACGCAUACUGUGAAACCACGCAAAGCACGCAACCCACACAAAAUUAAUCCAGUUUCCCAACAUACAAUUGACAUUAUGGCCGCAGUUGCCUCCAAGGAUGGUCCCUUUGCAUUAUUCAGAGGAAUUAAUGCUUCCUUCAUUCACUACACAUUAUCACACACCAUAGAAGCCUGGAUCACAGGUUUCAUCUCACCUUUCUUGUCGAUUCCGGACCCAUUCUUUUUGGAUUUAACUCAUUCAACUGAACCAGGUAAAUCCUUAUGGCUCUCUGUUCUGGCUUGUGUUCUCGCGGGAGUGAUUUUGAUGCCUUUGGACUUGAUAAAAGUUCGGCUAAUGAUCACCCAGUUUAAUAAACCUGUUUCUCCUACAUCCAGUGAUUCCUCUGAAGUACUCUCCUCAGAAUCAUCAACCGUUUACCCAGAGCCUUCGAUUGACACAAGAUCUGUGCGUGAAUCUAUCAGGCACUUUCCAAGAAAGGUGCUCUUGAACCCGCCCCCAACUAUCACUCUCUUGACUAUAUUACACCAGUUUUCUACAACAGUUUUCCGCAAGCUGGCCCCAUACUUGUUAUUUGUGAGAUACAAUAUUGACUCUUAUCUGUCACCAAACUUGUACACCAUGGUUAACUUGGUUUUGCUGAUCAUGGAGUUGUUUAUUAAAUUACCACUUGAGAACUUGUUACGUAAAGAACAAGUGAGAUUUUUAUUGAAACCGAAGUCAGAGGCAGAAGACAAAUAUGGCGUUGUGACCAUUAAGAACCCAGAAGAAAACCUCAUAGUUAACUUUAAUGGCUUUCUCCCUCAGGAUGUAUUUGAUGGUGAUGAAACUGACGACAGAAGGCCAUUAACUCUCUGGAAAAGAUUCCGUCUUUUGGGCCUCUUUAAUGGUUGGAGAGUUGGUGUAUUGAAUUUGAUCGGAUUCUGGGGCUACAACAUCUUCAAAAGCUCUGGUGUCAUAACAGAGGAAAGGCUUUGA